AGCACAGGGCUGGUAGAGUUCGCACGACAGAUGGCACAGCUCUUUAGCCACAGCAUGCCAGGCAAGCCCAGAGGAAAUGAGACCACCGGGCACUGUCGCAGGGGACAAACUUGAGAGAGAGAAUGUGGGCCUUUGGGUUAAGAGCGGUUCCGUCUGCCUGGCUCACCAAAGGAGCCUGGGCCCGGACAGCUUUCUCCACCCCGAGGCUCCCAUCACAAGUACACACAAGGUCAGACUGGAGGCUUCGGCGGAACAGCCGAGAAUUCGAGGUUAGCCUUGGCUUCAGUGGGAGGCUCUUUGGCAACAACUACAAAACGUAAAUAAAUUAGAUCAGGCCCUGAAUAACUGUCACUCCCUCGCACACACUCACACCCCCCCCCCCAUUUUGUGCAGACAACAUAACCUUGUCCCUUUAAAUCUGGAGAGCGUCCGUGGUUUCCGCCCCCGACGAUCAAGGGCGUACCUGGCGAUCAUUGGCUGAGCUGCGCAGUUUUGAGCACGUGUGCGCACGAGUUGUGCUCUCGGAUUGGAGCGAGGGCUUGCUUAUCCAGCGUGCCUUUCGGGUCACCUGCCGCCCCGGGGCUCGGCGUUCGGUUCCCGGGGCUUGCACGUUCCAUUCCCAGGCAGGUCCUGGGGCUCCAGGAUCCUACUCGCUGCGUCCUCAGGUCGGUGUGUUCAGGCCGGGACGCAGGUACCGCUGCAGUACGCGGGGAGGCCCGGGGUCUCCCAGCCCUGGGCGUGACACGCGUCCCUAGGCGACCAUGGCAGAGUUCUCACAGAAGCGGAGGAAGCAGCGUGGCGACGAAGGCCUGGGCAGUGUGGUGGACUUCCUCCUGGCUAAUGCUCGUUUGGUGCUAGGUGUGGGCGGGGCUGCAGUGCUAGGCAUUGCCACCCUGGCUGUGAAGCGGCUCAUCGACAGGGCCACUAGCCCUCGGGAUGAGGAUGACACCAAGGGGGACAGCUGGAAGGAACUGAACCUGCUGAGAGCCACAUCACACCAACAGCCCCAACCCCCCCCUGCUGCCCUCAGCCAGCCCAUACCUCUUGUGUCCCCCUCACCCUCUGUCCCAGUGGAGCCCACACCCGCUCAUUCUCAAACCACACCGACGCCUCAACCCAGCUCUCUAGCACCCUUGUGCCUGACGUUCCAGGAGAAGCUGCUGGCAUUUGAGCGCAACCGCGUGACUAUCCCAGAAGCCCAUGUGGCUUUGGUGAAACAGCUGGCUGGAGACAUUGCUUUGGAGCUGCAGGCCUACCUGAGGAGCAAGUUCCCAGAACUGCCAUUUGGUGGGCUCGUGCCAGGCGGGCCUCUCUACGAUGGGCUACAGGCAGGGGCCGCUGAGCGUGUGCGCCUGCUAGCACCCCUGGAGUUAGAACCAGGACUGUGGAGCCUGGUACCUGGCAUGGACACUGUGGCCAGGGAACCUCGAUGCUGGGCUGUGCGCAGGACCCAGCUUGAAUUCCAUCCCCGUGGGCGCAGCCCAUGGGACCGCUUCCUGGUCGGGGGUUACCUUUCCUCCCGUGCCUUGUUGGAGCUGCUACGGAAGGCCCUGGCAGCCUCCGUCAACUGGCCAGCCAUUGGCAGCCUACUUGGAUGUCUGAUCCGGCCCAGCGUGGCUUCUGAGGAGCUGCUGCUGGACGUGCAGCAUGGGUGUCUGGAGUUCACUUUAGCUGUGCUCAUGGUGGUCCCUGGGGCCAGCACUGAUGGCCGCCUUCUGCUGGCUUGGCCCCUGGAGGGGCUGGCUGCCAAUCUCUGGCUGCAGGAUCUAUAUCCUGUAGAGGCUGCCUGUUUGCGGGCCCUGGAUGAACAGGAUGCUGGCGCUCGCCGGAGGUUGUUGCUGCUGCUAUGUGGUGUGUGUCGUGGCCAUCCGGCUCUGGUGCGACUGGGCUGGAGCCACCUGACCCAGGUGGUUCUGCAUCUGGGUAAAGAGGAAGUAGCCUGGACCGAGGAGGCCUUGGGGGAUCGCUUUCUGCAAGCCCUGGAGUUUCUGGUGGGCAGCUUGGAGCAGGCUAACCUGCCCUGUCACUUCAACCCCAGCGUGAACCUCUUGGACGGUUUUCGGGAAGAGGAGAUUGAUGACAUUGGCUAUGUACUGUACAGUGGUCUGCAGGUCCCUGAGAGCCUACUCUAGGUAGAUGAGGCCCAUGAUUGACUUGUUCUUUUGAUGCUGGAGAGCAGCAACUACCUCCCUCCAGGGACACUGCAGAGUGUGGUUUGCUUUAUUUUAGCCAGAUUGGAGGGGAGGAUGGAUUACCCUAAGCCUGUGGGUAGGCAUGUGCCUAGGUGAUGGUGACCAGGAUUCCCAAGUCCAGAGAGUCUGGGUUCAUGUCACCUAAUGUGACUAGCCUGUCCUGGCUUUUAGUGCCAGCCGCACUGAUGCCCCUUGGCCCUCUGGGGUUAUCUUAGGAUCUUGGGCUUAGUCUAUCAUCACCAGCAAUGAACUUCCCAAGAAUGAGACAUGGCUUUUGAUUUCCUAGGCUUCACCUAUAUUUUGCCAAGAAGGACACUUAAUGUUCUUGGUUGGGUAACAGCCCCAGGUAUCCUGGAAGCACACACAGUUGGUCACUGAGUCUCUCUCGUGUUUGUUACUCUCUGGGGCAGGAAUCAUCUGGUGCCCUGGAAGGUAGCUUCUUAGCUGUUGAAGGAUGGCGGUCUCCUGCCGGUCAUGCGUUUGUCUGGUUGAGUCCUCGGGCCUUGAAAUGGAAGUGGUCUUCCUUGCUGCCUGCCUGCCUGCCUUAUACCCUAGGGAAGAAAGGUCUUGUUUCCUCUUGCUAGGUGGGUUUUUCUGUAGGUCACAAAUUACCUCUGGGAGAGCCCCUUCCUAUUUGGGAGCUGAGCUCUGUGCUGCCUGUGCAAGGCUAUCUCAUAGUGGCUGCUCCUGGGCCUCACUGCAGGGUAGAGGACAUGCCCCUCCCAGAGUGCAGCCAUGGCCUAUGCAGCGUGCCAAAAUAUUCAUGAUAAAUGUCUGUGUCCUCACCUGGAACCCUGAUUAAGGUAGCAUGGCUGGAGGAGGGAGAUUACCUCCUCUGCCAGGGGCCCUUUCUAUUUUUAGGUAUCCCCCCCCCACAUACACACACUGAAACAAUGCUAUGCCUUGAAGGGUGAAUAAAGACAUCAUUUUUA